UUCCGUGAUGCCCAACCGCCUUCCUCUCUGAGGCAGCAAUCCGAUAUACCCAUCGCUGAGUUGGAAAAUGUUGAAGAUGACCUUGCUACAGCCAACAGCUGUGAAGCACAUUCUUUUCUUCAUCGUCCGUUUAAUAGUCGCCGCCCAAAGGACAUCUUAGACAAUCUCAACACCGGCGAUACUGACAGAGACACUUCCCCUCAGUCAGAUGGCCUUCCCAAGGCAACUCCUCUCCUUUCAGCAGCGAAAGAUAUUUUCGUACAGCGAGUGAGUGGAUCUAAGUUUAACGGAUUUUCCCAACUGUCGUCCUUAGAUCCUGAGGAGAUGCGGUCCUCAUUUUGA